AUGGCUGAAAAUACUGCUUUGGAUACUAUUGAAGUCCACCCAAUUACUUUUCCACCGGACGUUCUUGCAAGAAUAUCCCCGGAAUUAUCUUUACAAAGACAUUUAUCUCUAGGUAUCAGACCAUGUCUAAGAAAAUAUGAAGAGUUUAGAGAAGUUACAAUAGAAAACAACACUUUGUCUCGUUACGUGGAUACAGAGAAUGUGAAUGCAAAAAACAAUAUCUUAGGGUCGAAUGUUUUGAAAAGUGGAAAAACUAUAGUAAUCACUUCUAUCACUGGUGGGAUAAUAGAAGAAAACAGCGCCUCAAUCAAAGACUUAGAUGAUUUCGGUGAGGAAGAGUUGUACGAAAUAACCAAGGAAGAAAAUGUAGUUGCGAAUUAUGCCUCCAUUUACCCAGUGGUGGAAGUUGAAAGAGGUAGAGUGGGUGCUUGCACUGAUGAAGAAAUGACCAUAUCACAAAAACUAUACGAUUCUGUAUUGCAUUCUAGGAUACUGCCCAAACAGGCUUUGAAAGUGAAGGCAGGUGUUCGUAGUGUGAACGAGGAUGGUACAUUAUCUGUUUUAUAUCCGGAUGAGUUAGAAAACGAUCCAUCAAAUGAAWCAAACCUGAAAAUGAAAAGAAAAUGGUCAUACGUUUUGUAUGCGAAGAUUAUAGUUUUGAGUCGUACUGGUCCAGUUUUUGAUUUGUGCUGGAAUUCCUUAAUGUACGCUUUACAAAAUGUGAAACUGCCUAGAGCAUUUAUAGAUGAACGUGCGUCCGACUUGAGGAUGACUAUAAGAACAAGAGGAAGAAGUGCCACUAUAAGAGAAACAUACGAAAUUUUAUGUGACCAAACAAAAUCACUACCGUUAAUGAUAAACUCACAAAAUAUUGCAUUUGCUUCAAAUUAUGGAGUAAUAGACUUAGACCCUGAAUCACAAUUACAAGAUCCUGAUAACGCUGAAGAAGAAGUUGAUAUUGAUAUGGACGAAGCCAGAUCUGUACUAAUAGCCGAUUUGGAUACUGAAGCUGAAGAAACAAGUAUUCAUUCUACAAUCUCUGUGAUUGCUAAUGCUAAAGGCAACUAUACCCAAUUGACAUUAGUGGGAGCAGGUGCUAAAAUAACACCAAACAUGAUAAAAAGGUCAUUAUUAUUGUCGAAGGUGAGGGCGAAUGAUUUAUCGACAAGAUUAAACACAUAA